UUAAAAUGUAUGCUAAACAUGGUUUUUAAUUUUGCCCUAGAUGUGUCCAGAAAAAUGGAAAUAACGCAGCAUGGUAUGGAAAUGACUAAGAAAGAAAUACAAAUUAAAGAGGAAGAAACAGAAAUACAAAUUAAAGAGGAAGAAACAGAACAAGAAAUUAGAAAAGAACCUAACAGAAACCUACUGGAUAUAUCAUCUGAAUCUCCCAGAGAGAAACACAUUUCAAUUCAAAGAACACUUUCUGAUCUAGAAAAACUGGCUGGUCUGAAGGAAGGUGGCAUAAUCUCAACUGUUCCCCAGAAUACAGACCCUCAUGUGGCAGGUGGCAAGAAGCCUUGUCCUCUUUGUCCUGAAGACAAGUUCAAAGCUUGCUAUGGUCAUAAGCUCCACCGCCAUCUUCAGAAUCUCCACUGGAAAGUGUCUGUUGAAUUUGAAGGCUACAGAAUGUGCAUCUGUCACUUACCUUGUCGCCCUGUGAAACCAACUGCUGCUGGAGACCAGAUAUCCCUAAAGAUGGGAGCCCAUUACCACUGCAUUAUCUGUUCAGCAACCAUUACCCGAAGAACUGAUAUGAUAGGGCAUGUUAGACGCCAUGUUAAUAAAGGAGAAACUGAAUCUAGGUAUAGCUCUGCCCAUGCUCCAAAGUCUACACAUGAAGUUCUGAAAGAAGCAGACACAGAUAUACAAGUCCUUCCUAACUAUUCUACACCACAGAAAACAGAUUCCUAUUUUAAUCCCAAAAUGAAGCUUAACAGGCAAUUGAUAGUCUGUGCUUUAGCUGUUCUAGCUGAGGAGCGAAAACCUUUGGAGUGUCUGGAUGCAUUUGGAGCCACAGGUAUAAUGGGAUUACAGUGGGCAAAGCAUCUUGGAAAUUCUGUAAAGGUCACAAUUAAUGAUUAUAAUGAGAAUUCUGUAACGAUGAUACAUGAGAACUGUCAUUUAAAUAAGAUGAAGGUGGUGUCCAGCAGCAAAGAGGAAGAUGACUGUGAUGAAACAGUGGAAGAAGGGGAGGAAAACUUCCCUACCAUUGAGGUGACACAAAUGGACGCCAAUGUCAUCAUGCACUUGAGAGCAUUUGAUUUCAUACAUCUGGACCCAUUUGGAUCGUCAGUGAAUUAUCUAGAUGCAGCUUUCAGAAAUGUAAGAAAUCUUGGCAUUGUGUCAGUGACAUCAACAGAUAUCAGCUCUCUCUACGCCAAGGCUCAGCACGUGGCUCAGCGCUACUAUGGUUGCAACAUUGUCAGGACAGAGUAUUACAAGGAACUGGCAGCUCGUAUGGUAGUUGCUGCUGUGGCAAGAGCUGCUGCACGAUGUAAUAAAGGCAUUGAAGUUUUGCUUGCAGUGGCCUUGGAACAUUUUGUUCUUGUGGAGGUGAGAGUAUUGAGAGGACCCUCUCCUGCAGAUGACACUGUCAAGAAAAUUCGGUACCUCAUCCAUUGUCAGUGGUGUGAAGAGAGAGUAUUUAAGAAAGAGGGAAACAUGAUAGAAGAUAACCUUUAUCGGCAGCUCCCUUGUGACUGCAACAGUAGUAUGACAGGAAAAACAGCAGUUGAACUCGGUCCUUUAUGGUCAGGAUCCCUCUUUAACACUGGAUUUCUAAGAAGAAUGUUGUUUGAAGCAGUUCAGUAUGGUUUAGAUGAUAUUCAGACCCUUCUAAAAACACUAAUCUGUGAAGCAGAAUGCACAACUCACAAGCAAUUUUCAAUACACGGCCCCAGCAGCCAUAACAAACAAGAAGAGUGUGGUGUGUUUAUCAAGACACCAGAUGCUGCAACAGAUUACUACGUUGUACACGGAAAAAGAAAAAGUAAUGAAAUGAGCCAAAAUGAAACAAAACGACAAAAGCUCGAGAGUAACGUUGAACAUCCUGCCUUUUAUUACAAUAUCCACAGACACAGUAUUAAAGGAAUGAAUAUGCCAAAGUUAAAUAAAUUCUUGCAUUACCUCUCUCAAGCUGGGUAUCGAGUAAGUCGAACUCAUUUUGACCCCAUGGGCGUUCGCACUGAUGCCCCCCUGGUACACUUUAAAUCUAUUCUUGUGAAGUACAGCACACCCACUUACGUAGGAGGGCAGUCUGAAGGCUCUGUGCAGGCUUUGGAGGAUUCCCAGGCAGGAACCGAAGGCAGCUUCACAGAAGAAAGCACGUAA